AUGCGUCACACAGGACACAAGGCCUGCGUCCAAAGUCAUUAUAAUAUAAGGUGGGAAGGAAAAUGUAGGAAGAGCCAUAACCUAGUUCAAGUUCUUGGUACAUCAGAAGAGAGACGCCAGUGCAGUGUUUGUGGAGAAGAGUUAUAUGGUGGAGGCUCUCCAUCAUGCUUGGAAUGUAAUGAGACGUACCACAUUCAGUGCCUUGAGGUUGAAGUAAAAGUUGAACACCCGUUCCAUUACCAUCCUGUUUAUCUUUGUGAUGAAGUUAAACAUGGAUCCAGUUGUGGUUGCUGCGGAGACAAAAUAAAAUCGUACAGCUAUAAGUGUCUUGAAUGCAAAGAUGUCUACUUCCAUGUGAAUUGCUCAACGUUUGUGGAAGCAUCGUUGAAGUUCAAGAAAUGUCAUCAACAUAACCUCCACCGUUUUAUGGCUUAUGUCGAGUGUAGCUUCGAUCAUCAUGAUCUUACUUGUGAUGUCUGCAAGAUAACAUGCCACAGAAACUUCUAUGGCUGUGUAAAAUGCAACUUCUACUGUCAUGUAGAGUGCAUUGGAUUGCCAACGUAUGUAAAGCAUCGAGUGCAUGCACAUACAUUGAUUCUCAGUCAUGAACUCACGGGUGAGGCGUGUAAUAAGUACUGUGAGAUAUGUAUCAAGGCGUGUGAUCCUAUGUUUCCUGGUUAUAUAUGCAAACCAUGUGGCUUUGUACUACAUCCCGAAUGCGUUUUGUGUUGGGAUGAUGACUGGAAAGCUGCUACAGAAAAAGACUAUAAGUGGGAGGUGCUGACACUUAUGGUCUCGAUACUAAAAGAUAUCAAGAACAAGAGCUAUUUUUAA